AAAUUAAUUUUUAAUUCUAAUGAUCCAAUUGAGAGGGUUACUAAUGAACAUGCCUUUAGAAUAGAAAAAGCCAGAGACCUGACUUUUCUCCGACUCGAGCGACAAUGGAGACUGAAUACGACCAAGUUCUUCGCUCCGUUUCUAAGGUUAAAAUCGCCGACCAAGUCGGUGAUUCCGGCGAAGGAAGCAGAGACGUGGACGAUGUAGUAGUCUCGUGUUUCACGGAGGUUUUCGAUGACGUUACUCUCCAAUUCCAAUUCAUCCGUCUCCCGAAACAGAUUUAUGUAUGGGUCGGUUGUAAUUCCGCCAAAUUCGGGAAUCUGUAUGCAGCCGCUUCAACGCGACCAAGCAAUACAGUGAGUGUUACUUCAGUACUUGGUGGAACAUCUGAUAACACCGGAUCUGGCAUUGCUCGUAGAUUAGUGAUGAAGACUGGUCUCAAUAUAAUCCUUGCUUGCAACAUCCCUAAAAACAAUCCCUUGCUCGAGGCAAAAGCUGAGAAAGUGUUGAUUAGAAAGCUUAUUGAUCUAGGUUACACAAUGUCAACACCUUUGAGAGCAACAUAACCCAAAGGAGGAACCAUGUUAGUUGUUUCUUUAGCUUGUUUCUCUCUUCAGAGGAAUUUGUCGAUGAUUUUAACAUUAUGAUCGACUGGCAUGAAUGAUCACUUUUUCUUCCGAUUUGAAAAUUUUGGUUCCUUUUUCAUGA